AUGACUAAAGAAAAAGAUUUAAAACGUCUAAUGGAAAUAAAAUCAGGUAGUGUGAAGGCUUUUUCAGAAGAAGUUGGUUUAGCUUAUACAACAGUUAGAUCUAUUUUAGAAAGAGGAAUAUUUAACGCUAAAGUAGAAAACGUCAUCAAAAUUUGUAAAGGUUUAGAUAUUAAACCCGAAGAUAUAAUGGGAAUUGAAAAGCCUAAAGUAGAAUCUUCAAUUGAAACACUACCAGUUAAAAAAAUUCCAGUUGUUUCUAAAAUAUCUGCUGGUUUACCUAUCUACUCAGAAGAAAACUUAAUUGAUUACAUAUACUUUGCUACUGAUAAAAUUGAUUCUAAUAAAGAGGAAUUUGGUCUUAAAGUGUCUGGCGACAGUAUGGAUAAAAUAUUUCAAGAUGGCGAUGUUGUAGUGAUUGAAAAAGAUUCUACUGUUGAAAAUGGUCAAUUAGGUGUUGUUAUGAUUAACGGUUACAAUGCAACUGUAAAGCGCAUUAGAUAUAACGGAGAUCAAAUUAUAUUAAUACCUGAAUCCAACAAUCCUAAUCAUUAUCCACAAGUAUAUGGAUUGAAUGAUGAAGUUAAAAUAGUAGGUAGAGUGGUAGCAAGUCAAAGAUUGUUUUAA